AUGCGAUCCCAGGUGGAGGCUCAAGCAUGUCAUAUUCUGCACUACGCUCCCUCUGAUGUCAUGGAUACCUCAACUCUUCGAUUCAUAAACCUAGGAGUAAAAGGAACGAGACAGAGAAAACACCAAGGAGGAAGCUGGGAGGCUUCCAGGAAUGCAUCGGUGAUUGCGACAGAAAGGCCGACGCUUCCCUCAUCGACUCUUUUCCUCCGAACCCGGCGGUCCCAAUCGCAUUACCACACGACAACGCCGUUCGCUUCGACAAGGGCUGCACCUCCUGCACAAUGCGCCAUUGAAUCGAUUGGAAACCUUCAGCGUAUCAUCUCGCUUGUUUCGAAGAGUCUUUUACCGGCCAUCAUGCUGCCCAGGGCAGCUCGAUCGCCUUGCGUGCGCAUCCCCACACACUUCCUACAGCGCGGCCUGGUCGUACCGCACGCGUCACCAUGGGCAUCAUCUACAUGCUAUGGGGCCCAACUGAGGGCGUUCUCGACCAGAGGAGGUCCGUUGAAGAAGCAGGCGGCGGACGAAUCUCCAACGGAACGAAAUACCCCACGUCCUAGUGCUCCAUCCACAUCACAACCGGUAGACGCGGCAGUUGUACAGAGUUCGAAAGAUACCAGGAAGGACCCCAAGGCGAAGACGGAGGAGAAGAACCUGCUCGGCGAGACCAUCGUCGUGAAAAAGGAACAGCGAAAGGCCGACUGGGCGAUAAUGAAAGAGAUGGCUAAGUACCUGUGGCCUAAGGAUGACUGGGGAACAAAACUUCGUGUUGGAACUGCUUUGUCAUUGCUUGUUGGAGCCAAGAUUCUCAAUGUCGAAGUGCCCUUCUACUUCAAGAGCAUCGUUGAUUCGAUGAAUGUGGAUUUUGCAGCGCUCGGUGGUACGGCAUACACGGUGGCUGGGUCUAUGAUCAUAGCCUACGGAGCGACUAGGAUAUGUGCUACGCUCUUCCAAGAACUCCGAAAUGCGGUCUUCGCCAGCGUUGCUCAGAAGGCAAUCCGCAAAGUCGCACGGAAUGUCUUCGAGCAUCUACUACGACUGGACCUGAACUUCCACCUCACCCGACAGACUGGUGGAUUGACGAGGGCGAUUGAUCGAGGAACAAAAGGAAUUAGCUUCUUGCUGACAUCCAUGGUGUUCCACGUGGUCCCAACCGCGUUGGAAAUUUCCAUGGUGUGCGGAAUAUUGACCUACCAGUAUGGCUUCCAAUUCGCGGCCAUUACGGCCACCACCAUGGUCGCGUACUCUGCGUUUACAAUAACCACCACUGCCUGGCGAACCAAAUUCCGAAAGCAGGCCAAUGCGGCGGACAACCGCGGUGCCACGGUUGCGGUGGAUUCCCUGAUCAACUACGAGGCGGUUAAGCAUUUCAACAACGAAAAGUUUGAGGUCGCGCGCUAUGACAAGGCGCUCAAAGCGUACGAGGAGGCGUCCAUCAAGGUAACGACCUCGCUGGCCUUCCUAAAUUCUGGCCAGAACAUGAUUUUCUCCAGCGCCCUUGCCGCUAUGAUGUACCUCGCGGCCAAUGGAGUUGCUGCGGGCUCCCUGACCGUCGGCGACCUGGUCAUGGUCAAUCAACUCGUCUUUCAGCUUUCGGUCCCGCUGAACUUCCUUGGCUCUGUCUAUCGCGAGCUGCGCCAGUCCUUGUUGGACAUGGAGACCCUGUUCAACCUGCAGAAGGUCAAUGUGAACAUCAACGAGAAGCUAAACGCGAAGCCGCUUGAGCUUCGGCAGGGUGGCCAGAUCCGGUUCGAGAAUGUUACCUUUGGCUACCACCCCGAGCGGCCCAUCCUGAAGAACGCAAGCUUUACGAUCCCGGCUGGUCAGAGGUUUGCGAUCGUGGGGCCCAGUGGGUGUGGCAAGUCAACGAUCCUGAGGCUGUUGUUCCGAUACUACGAUGUGCAGCAAGGGCGAAUCCUGAUUGACGGGCAGGAUAUCCGCGACGUCACCUUGGAGAGUCUGCGCAAGGCGAUCGGUGUUGUCCCCCAGGAUACACCCUUAUUCAACGACACCAUCGCACACAACAUCCGCUAUGGUAGAAUCGACGCGACCGACGAUGAAGUCCGCAAGGCCGCGCAACGAGCGCGGAUUCACGAGUUGAUUGAGCGACUCCCCGACGGGUACAAGACGUCAGUCGGGGAGCGCGGGAUGAUGAUUUCUGGUGGCGAGAAGCAACGGUUGGCCAUCUCUCGACUGCUCCUGAAAGACCCGGAGCUCCUAUUCUUCGAUGAAGCGACGUCGGCGCUGGACACCUACACUGAGCAGGCGCUCCUGCAGAAUAUCAAUAGCAUUCUGAAGGAGAAGAAACGCACCAGCGUUUUUGUAGCACACCGACUGCGGACUAUCUAUGAUUGUGACCAGAUUCUGGUGCUGAAGGAGGGAAGCGUGGCAGAGAUGGGGUCGCACCGCGAGCUACUGGAGCUGGGUGGAAUCUAUUCUGAGCUCUGGAAUGCGCAGGAAACGUCACUCGCUCAGGACCAGGAAUAUGAGCGCAACGCUGAACAUGAAGAGACAUCAGACGUGCAGAAAUAA